AUGAAUAAGAGUACACGAAACCGACCUUUACUUGUCUCUUGCCAUUGUUCACCUCUUAGCCGUUGCCCAUAUUCCAGGUCUGUUUGUGUAUCGUCAACAGGAUGUUUUCAUUCAUUGCAUUUGGAUUUAUCACUAACAUAUGUGGAUGAUGAGUCGUAUGGGUGUUUUUCAAAUAAUACAAAUCAGGUUGACUUACUCUGCCGAAAUUCAAAAGUUGGUAGACAAUUAUUAUAUUGUUGUUCUCCAGAUGAUGGGGAUUUAUGCAAUCAGAACUCGAGUUUACUAGAAUUAAUCAGUCCUAUGCGAAUGAAUGCUCAUGCCUUUACAUGGAAAUCUAUUUUGACAGCAGUGUUGUUCCCUACCUUUGCACUGUUUUGUGGGCUUCUAGCGAUCAUGCUUUUUUGGAAGUGCUUUUUAAAAAAACGAAUAGAAAACUACGAUCGCUAUGUCAAUGAACUUAGCUACAAACGUCCCAGCUUCACUACAGAUGUCUACAAUUAUCUAGUAAAACUCAAUGAAGAACAGUUUUCGAAUCGUAAAUUAUCAUCUUAUGUCUCACCCGGAAUGGGAAAUAAUCUUUCUUCAAAAAAUUUGCAUAAUCCUGAUCCUUCGUGUAAACUUAUUAGCUGUACUAGUGGAAGUGGGAGCGGUCUUCCGUUCCUUGUUCAGAGAACUGUAGCACGUCAUAUUAGAUUGACAAUGUGUAUAGGGAAAGGACGAUUUGGUGAAGUUUGGAAAGCUACAUGUCAAGGUGAAACUGUUGCUGUUAAGAUUUUUUCUAGUCGUGAUGAAGCCAGCUGGGCUCGUGAAACAGAAGUUUACAACACUGGUUUAUUGCGUCAUCCUAAUAUCCUGGCGUAUUAUGCUAGCGACAUGAUAUCAAGAGGUGGAUGCACUCAGCUCUGGUUAAUUACAGCUUAUCACGCUAACGGAUCUUUACAUGACUUCAUCAGUCACAGAUCAUUAAAACUACAGGAUGGUUUGCGUCUGGCCAGCUCCAUUGCAGCAGGCUUGGCGUUUUUGCAUACAGAAAUAAAAGGAUUACAUGCUAAGCCUUCUAUUGCACACCGUGAUCUCAAAUCGAAGAAUGUUCUUGUUAUGAGUGAUAUGACUGCAUGUAUAGCUGACUUGGGUCUUGCCCUUGUGAAUUUACAAAGUCUCCCAGUCGGACAAGCCUUCCUCAAUUUAUCUUCUUCAAUGCUAUCUAGUGGUGUUAUGUCUAGCGGUAUAACUCAGUCAGACAGAUUGUGCAGUGGACUUUCUGGUCCUUCUUCUUUAGGUCCUCCUCCUGCCGGACCUAGGGUUGGUACUAAACGUUACAUGGCACCUGAGUUACUUAUGGCGAUUGAUAUAGCACACACAUCAUCUAACUGCGGCAACAAUACGUCAUGUAUAACUAAUGAAAGUAUUGAUAGUCCAAACAGAAGUCACCAUUUGCCAUUUGAAGUUUACCAAGCUGCAGAUAUUUAUGCGAUGGCCCUAGUGUUUUGGGAAUUAGCACGAUGCACUCAGGGAAUAACAUCUGAUUUUGUUGAAGGAUAUCAGAUACCAUUCUACGACAUGGUCCCUCCUGAUCCAACCUUCUCACAGAUGAGGGAUAUUGUUUGUGGCAAUAGUUUGACCAUAAGUGAUGAUCAAACAAACCAAUUGAACAGGAAUAGCUCAAGUAUAAACACUAAAUCCCCCAAGACAAGUCCAGAUUACGACAAUGUUCAUUGUAGGCCUCGCAUCUACCAGCGUUGGUUAGAUGACACCUAUCUAUCCUGCUAUGCACAGGUGAUACAAGAAUGUUGGCAUGAUGAUUGGUCUGUACGCCUUUCUGCUCUUCGUGUUCGUAAACGUCUGGGACAGAUCGAAGAUGCAGUUAGGCAAUCAUUGGUCAGAAAAAGAGGAGAGAACAUUCCUUCUAAUGUAAAUGAGUUAUCAGUGCUCCUGACCGAGGACCCAGAAACUUUGUCUUGA